AUGGAGGGCAAGCUGUACAAAGGACAGGACUACAAGACAGAGUUCCAACCCCGGGACUACUUAAAGACUUACUAUGCCUUCGAUUCAGGCACCGUAGCUGAAAAUGAAAUCUUGAAAUACAACCUGAAUAAUCUCUUUGAAACUUUCUCUCCAGGAGGCAUCGGAGGCGACAUCCUGAUCGACGUCGGCACAGGCCCCACCAUCUACCAGCUGCUCUCGGCCUGCGAGGCCUUCCGGGAGAUCAUCGUGUCAGACUACUCGGAGCUCAACCUCCAGGAGGUGGACAAGUGGCUGAAGAAGGACCCGGGGGCCUAUGACUGGUCCCCAGCCAUGCAAUACGUGUGUGGGCUCGAGGGAGACAGGAGCAAGUGGCAGGAGAAGGAGGCCCGGCUCCGAAGGACCGUCACGCGGCUACUGACAUGUGACGUGAACCAGCCCCGUCCUCUGGGGUCUGCCCAGGUGCCCGCAGCAGACUGCGUGCUGAGCCUGCUGGCCCUGGAGUGCGCCUGCCAGGACGUGGACGCCUACCGGGCAGCCAUCCGCAACCUGGUGGGCCUCCUGAAGCCAGGCGGGCACCUGGUCACCUCGGUGGCCCUGCGCUGCCGUGAAUACAUGGUGGGCUCCAGGAAGUUCUUUGGCCUCUGGCUGGAGAAGGAGACAGUGGAGAAGGCCGUGCAGGAAGCCGGCUGCCAGGUGCUAAAGUGCCAGUACAGCCCCAUCAAAUACUCAGAGGCCUACUGCGUCAACGGGGGCCACUGUUUUGUGGUGGCCCGCAAGGGCCCCAGGGCCUGA